GCGGAAGCGAUUGGCUGGCGAGGAGGGAAAGAGGCGGGACAAAUUGCCGCGGGUUCAGUGCCGCGGCUGGAACCGGGAGAUGCGGCGCCCGAGCUGUCGCUGUGUUUUCCUUUACCUGAGUCUCUUCUCUUAUUGUGAUUUCUUCUGAGGACUCGAUCAUGUUGUUACCUUCGGAUGUAGCCCGGCUGGUACUGGGUUACUUACAACAAGAAAACCUCACUUCUACUUGCCAGACUUUUAUUUUGGAAAGUUCAAAUUUAAAAGAAUAUGCAGAGCACUGUACAGAUGAAGGUUUUAUCCCAGCCUGCUUACUGUCCUUAUUUGGAAAAAACUUGACAACAAUUUUGAAUGAAUAUGUGGCUAUGAAAGCAAAAGAAACAUCAAAUGAUGUCCCAGCAAUAAUGUCUUCUCUGUGGAAGAAAUUAGACCAUACACUUUCUCAGAUCAGGAGCAUGCAAAGUUCCCCAGGGUUUGCUGCUAAUCAGAGAGCCCGAACAAGAAAUGGAAUUGCAGAAAUCAAACGACAGAGAAGGCUUGCAUCUCAAGCAGCUCCCGUCAGUUCAGAAAUGCUGACUUUACCUUAUCUUUCAGGACAAUUUACUACUUGUCCUUUGACAGCUACUCAAGUUGUUCGACCUACUAGCCAAGUUUCAGCUCCAUUGAGGUCAAAUUUUGUAGUUGUCAACCAUUCACAGUCACAAGACAUUGUAAAUACUGGAGAGGCUUUAAAUAUCAUUCCUGGUCCGCAGGAAAGGAAAUCUCAUGCCACUUUAAUGUCUCCUGGUAGACGCAAAAGUGACUCUCAAAGGAAAAGUAUCACUAUGUCUGUGCCUCAUUCCACAAUUUGGAAUUUUCAGGAUCCAAAUGCGUUUGCAGUAGAAAAACAAAUGGUUAUUGAAAAUGCACGAGAAAAAAUAUUAAGCAACAAAUCUCUUCAAGAAAAACUUGCAGAAAAUAUUAAUAAAUUUUUGACUAGUGAUAGCAGUAUUGCUCAAGUUCCUAAGCAAACAGAUACCAACCUUACUGAGCCAGAGACUUCAAUUGAUGAACUCCUGGGGCUUCAGAGUGAAAUCCACAUGUCUGAAGAAGCUAUACAGGAUAUAUUGGAACAGACAGAAUCAGACCCAGCAUUUCAGGCACUCUUUGAUCUCUUUGACUAUGGUAAGACAAAGAAUAAUAAAAAUCUAUCACAUGGCAUUUCCACUCAGCACAUGGAAGUCUUAGCUGAUGAAACAAAUCUAACAGUUAAAAGUUCUUUUGAAACAGAAAAAUCUGGUGAUCAAUCUGGUCAGCCCACAUUUUGUACAUCAUAUCAAAAUGAAGAUGCAUCAAAUGUUUUGAAAAAUGGGAGCAGCAGUGAUGAGCUUCGACAGGAAGUCCAGGAACAUUUUCCCGAAAUAGGUUCUGUCAUCCAGAAACAGGCCUUUAAAACAACUGUACCUACCAAACAGAAGUGUAACCUUGACAUUACCUUUGAGUCCAUGCAUAAUUUGAAUGACUUUAGCCAAAGAGGAAAUCCUGAUGCUGAAUGUACUCAGCAUUGUGCUGAAUUAUACACAGAUCAGAUGUCCACUGAAACAGAAAUGGCUAUGGAAGUUGAAAAGGAUUCUUUGUCUCCAAAUGUGCCAAACGGAUCUCAAUUAAAAUCUGAUCAGUCUAACAUACCAGUAACUUCAUUUGUUUCACUUGGUGGUGAAACUGACAAUGAAAGCUUAAUUCUUUCUGGAAAAAGUUCUCAACUUCUAUCCCCAAGUACUCCAGUAACUGGAAAGCCAUGUAAAAAAAAUCAAUUUUGUGAACUUUCUAAUGAUACAAUCAGACUUAAAACUAAUUUCCUUGAGUCCAAGUCCCCAGAUUCUAGAGAAAAUCACGAGAGUAAAAUUGAAAUUAAUAAUAUAUUACCAGUGGCAUCACAACAACUUUCAGAUUGCCAAGAUAAUACUUCACUUCAAAGUAAAACAUUACCUGUUUCUGUUGAAAGUUCAGGUUUAAAUAUAUCUGAACAAGUAGAAAUUCAUCUUGGAGAUUCAAUCACUUUGAUUAAACAACCAUCUGAUUCAACAUCUGAUGAGUUAAAUUGUACAGAAAAUGAAAUUCAGCCAUCAGAAUCUGAGAAAGCUGCUUUGGAUUCACAAGAAACUUCAUCUUCCAUAAAAGAAAACAAUACUAUUUUUCUUUCUUUAGGUGAAAAUAAUUCCGGGGAAGUUGCAUUGAUGCCUCCAGAGGGCAAUCCUAUACAAGAUAGUCCCUCUUUUCCUUCAGCAUCUGUGUGUUCUUCAAGGGUAGGUUCUAAUCCUGAGUCCCAACAUACUGAUGAUAAACCUAGGGAAAACUUGACAGAAUUAGAUGCAUCAAACAUCGUCUCUCUCAAAAUUAUCAUCAGUGAUGAUCCGUUUGUUUCCUCAGACACUGAACUUAACAGUGCUGUUUCUAGUAUCAGUGGAGAAAAUUUGCCAACUAUAAUUUUGUCUUCUCCUGCUAAAUCACCUGCCAAAAAUGCAGAAUUAGUUAAAUGCCUGUCUUCAGAAGAAACUGUAAGUGCUAUUGUAUCUGCUGAAGGAGUAGGGGAUUCAGCCUCAGCGGAGCAGAACCUUUCAGCUCUCAAACCUGAAAAUUCUGCAGUAAACAAUACUCAGAAUGAAGAUGGCAUUGCUUUUUCAGCAAAUGUUACACCAUGUGCUUCCAAGGAUGGAGGAUACAUACAGUUGAUGCCAGCUACAAGUACAACUUUUGGCAAUUCAAAUAACAUUCUGAUAGCUACCUGUGUGACUGAUCCAACAGCCUUGGGGACAACUGUCAGUCAGUCUAAUGUGGUGGUGUUGCCAGGAAACUCUACACCUGUGACUGCUCAACCUCCACCACCUCAAUUACAGACACCACCGAGGUCAAAUAGUUUAUUUGCUGUCAACCAAGCUGUGUCACCAAACUUUUCACAAGGAUCUGCCAUCAUAAUUGCCUCUCCAGUCCAGCCUGUACUCCAAGGAAUGGUGGGAAUGAUCCCUGUUUCUGUGGUUGGACAGAGUGGAAAUACCUUUUCAGCUCCUCCUCGGCAGGUCCUUCAUAUGCCUUUGGCAGCGCCUAUAUGCAAUAGAAGUAUCCCUCAAUUCCCUGUCUCUCCAAAAACUCAAAAGAUGCAAGGAAUAAGAAACAAGCCUUGUACAGGAAAGCAAGUAAAUCAUUUGGUGGAGUCUUCAAGUCAUUCAUUGGGAUUUCUUGCACAAAAAACUGAAAUUACUGAAAAGAAUAUGGCCACAGAUCUUGGAAGAAAAUCAGAAGAAAUCACAGUUCCUUUCUCAGUAGAGAGUACAGUUCCAACUAGCAAACCAUUUGAAAGUCACAGGCGUGUGCUCUGUUUUGAUAGUACUGCCUCUCCUGUGGCAAAUAUGCAGGGCCCAAACCAUAAGAUGAUUUCCCAAAACAAAGAAAGAAAUGAAAUUUCCUUUCCUAAUCUUGACUCUCCUAUUGUGUCUUCCACCUUAAAAUGCCCUUCUAAUAAUGCUAUCAAAAAAGAAAAAGAGAAACCUCCUGUGCCUAAGAUUUUAUCUAAAUCAGAAAUUGCCAUUAAUCGGCAUACCACCAUAAGGGAAACUCAGUCAGAAAAGAAAGUUUCACCAACAGAUACUGUACUUGAAUCUUUCCAUAAAGCAACAGCUAAUAAGGAGAAUGAAUUAUGCAGGGAUGUGGAAAGGCAGAAAAAUCUAGAAACUACAAAACUGUCUAAUGGGCUGCAAAUUGGGGGUUUACGGAAUGAGAAAACUGUGGCUUCACUGCAAGAACUGACCAAAAAACAAGGGACAUCAUCAAACAGUAAAAAUGUCAUUUCAGUAGGAGUAGCUGUGAAGGAUCUAAAACAAGAACAAACUAAAUCUGCCAGUUCUUUGAUUAACCCACUGAGUAAACACACCACAGAAAUGUUACAGGAUGUUCAGUGGCAAAGCCCAGUAAAUAGGCUCACUGAUAGUGGUGAUUUACCUGUAGCCCGGACACCUGGCUCAGGGGCAGGGGAGAAACAUAAAGAAGAGCCUGCAGAUGGUAUCAAGGUCCCCUCUAGUAGGCGUUUUGGUGAAGACAGUAGUACACCCAAAGUAAUGGUCCCUCCUGUGACACCAGACUUGCCUGCCUGCAGCCCUGCCAGUGAAACAGGAAGUGAAAACAGUGUGAAUAUGGCAGCGCAUACAUUAAUGAUUCUCUCCAGAGCAGCUAUCUCUAGGACUACUUCAGCAACUCCUCUAAAAGAUAAUACACAGCAAUUUAGAUCUUCGAGGAGUACCACAAAGAAGCGGAAAAUUGAGGAAUUAGAUGAGCGUGAACGAAACUCCCGUACUUCUAAUAAAAAUCUUGCAAAUUCAUCAAUACCAAUGAAAAAGAAGAAAAUUAAGAAAAAGAAGCUACCCAGUUCAUUUCCAGCUGGAAUGGAUGUGGACAAAUUUUUGUUAUCAUUGCAUUAUGAUGAAUAAACAUUCUUAACAUACAAGAAUAGUAAAUGUUUAAAACUGCUAUCCCUUAACCUAUGAGUGUAGGGAAUGAGAUAUUGACAGAAUCUGAAAGCAUGACCUGCACUUUCAUUGUACUGAAAUUUCACUUUAUAUCUAAAUCAUGCUGUUUCUGAAGCAGCUUCGUAGUUUGUAAAUAGACUUACCUAGUAUUUUUGUUUUGGGAAAAACAUUUGCAGAAAUGUAAGUAAAGCCAAUCUGCAAAAAUUUAUAGGUUUGACAAUUAUAUAUUGUAAAUAUUAUGUAAAUCUUGUUGAAAUAGAGGUUAAAUCAACCUAAUAUUCUUACACUGUGUUUUUUUGACUCUUAUGAUCCCCAAUUCUGAGACUUACUCAUCUGGAAGAGCUUCUCACUUCUUUAAGGGGAGGGGGGAAUGAUGCUUUUCCUUAUAAAUUGCCUUCUUUCAUUGCCCAACAAAACAUUUCAAAGCAUAACCACUAAAUAGCACAAAAGUGGUAACCACCUCAACUGGUAGUAAGAUAUCUAAUCAGAAACCAACAGUUUGAUAGUUUUGUUUUAGAGAAAGUACUUUACCAUAUACUUGGAGAAAAGAUUGUAUUCCUGAAAUUUUACGCUUUAUUUUUCUGGUCAUUCUGAGCUCUUUGUUUUAAAGGGAAAUUUUUAUAAACCAUUUGUUAAGUUCUUUGAUCUUUUGUUUAUAACUUUUAAGAUCUUUUACAGAACUUUGUGAUUAGACUAUUGAGCCAUAAAAAGCUUGGUUAUGUAGCAGCUGAGAUUUCUUAGUAUGUAUAUACUUUUCCCCUAAAUAAUGGGGAUUUAAAGAAUUGCACUAAUUCAUAGAACUCUUUACAUGGUAGUGAAGAAUGCACAUUUAAUUUAAAUCUUGUAUUCUGUGUUAAAGUUUAUGCAGAGGAAUUAUCUCCUGGUGUCCUUUUAGAAAGCCUCAUCCAUCAUAAGAUGUAAAAAGAGAAAUCAUAGUUUUAUAUUUCGAUUUAGUUUCUCCUAAAAUUGGUUGUGUUAAAUAACUAUAUCUUUACUUAUAGUGCAUUGUCUCUGUGCUCCAUAAAGUUACUCUCAAAAGGUCCUUAAGCGGAGUGAGAGAGAGGGUGCCUUCUCUUAGACUCGCACACAUAACUCAAGUAAGAAUUGGUUUAAAACUUUAAGUGAGAACAAAAAUUAUAAUAAUAACCAAUUGUGCCUGAAUAUUAAAGUUUGUUCUCUUAAGAGCUUUUUGUUUGAUUUAAUAUCAGAACAUUGGGGGUUUUUUCUACAGGUGUAUAUAUUUUUAAGUCAUCUUCCUCAGCCAUUUCUUUGUACUGGGCCUACAACAGUUCUCAAUGUAGAAAUCACGUCUUCUUAAUUGCUGAAGCUUACUGCACAAAUUUGUGUUAUAAGAAAUUUUUAUGAUGUAAUGUUCUAUUCCUAAGGAACCUAAAUAUCAUAUAGUUAAUGUUUAUUUAACUCAGCUUGAUACUGUACUACAGUUAGGUUUGAAUAAAUAUUUUCAUUAACUUCAAAA